CCCACCCCGCUUUUGCCCGCACAGAGAAGAUAUAGAUUUUAAACCACUUGUCCGUUGUUUGUGUGUCACGUGAGACAUCUGCCUAAAUCUAAAAGAAGUGCAAAAAUAAAAUCCGCGUAACUGUAUACAUAGCAGACACGGCAUUUGACAACCCCAAAUAGUGCCAUUUUUAGACGUACACUGCUGACGUUUACAGAGGCUUCAAAUAGCUUCCGUCCCACGCUGGUAGUGAUUGGACCCCGUGAGCUAACGCACUGGUUGAACUAGUCCGGCGUUCUACACCUCGAUGGAGGAACAGCCCAGAGAUCGGGCACAAGACAGGCAACAUCACCACCACGGAGGGGACAGACACUCUAUUCAACAUACAACUUGUCUAAAACAUGAUCAGAGCCACUUCCAGCGCCAGCAUCAGGAAACGCAGACGAAGAAAACAGGUUGGGCCAUCCGGAAAAGCAUUAAAAAAGUGAACGUCCGUGAGGAGGAGUGGGAAAAGAAUCCGCGUCUCUCUGACACUGUUGGUCUGUCUCAUGGCCCCAGCAGCCACUGUAACCGACACACAAGUCAUGCAAAUGUGAAGCAGAAAUCGACGCCAAAGCCUUACGCGACUGUUUCAAAAGUGAGCAGCAAAGGAUUGGACCUUAAGAAGAAUAUGGACCUUAGAAAUGACAAGGAAAAGGUUCUGGAGUUGAAUCAUCAUGAGGGCCAACCUACGAAUAAGAACGACCCUGUGUCGCUUCAAAAUGGCGUCGUAAAUUGUGGCUUGAUUACAAAUGGCUACUACAGCAAGGACAAUGAUGGCAGUGGCUCCGAAGGUGGAUAUACUACUCCAAAAAAGCGUAAAGCCAGAUGUAACAACGCAAAGAACACUGAUAAUGUGCUAAAAGACAAGGAGAAAGACAUGCAGCAGGGAAGCAGUACUCAAGAACAUGAGGCUUUUCAUCUUGAGGGGACUGACAAGGGAGUGACUUCUAGACUCGACGGCUUUAGAGCCGGCCAUAAAGCAGAAGCUCACUCGGCAGCCAGACGGGCUGUUGUGUCAGAGGCAUCAUCGGGUGAAGCUCAGAGGAAGAACUCUGAGGGCAAAAUACUUGGCAACUUUGGUAAAAAGACUGAAGAAAGGCACAAAGCCAAGCCGUCCUCCCCUUCAAAAGAGGACUCGUGGACUUUGUUCAAGCCCCUGGCAGUAUUUCCUGUGGACAAUAGCAGUGCAAAAAUUGUUCCUAAGAUCAGUUAUGCAAGUAAAGUAAAAGAGAACCUCAACAAAGUAGCUCAAGGCGGAGGAGAGGCACUGCCUCCUCCGGUCAGACUGUCACAGGUCCCCAUGUCUGCUAUGAAAACCAUCACCUCAGCUAGCUUUACUAAUGGCCCGGUUUCUGGAAACGGUAACUGCUGCCCUUCCGUGGGUACCUUCUUUGCUCCUGCUGCUGGUAGUAUCCCACCAGCCCCCUAUUUCCCAAGUGGCGAGAAUGUAGCAUGUCCUUUGGAAAGUAACUGUAGCUCUACAACCAGUCCUGUAGAUGGAGAAGCAUACGAGCUUAGAAAAACCCUUUUAAUCUACCCUUUAAAUAUGCAACCUGUGCUCCCUAGUGCUCGUCACCUCGACCCGCCGGCUGCUCAGACAAAUCAGAAAGCCUUGGGAGACAUCUUCCAGAAUCAGUGGGGGCUUUCCUUCAUAAAUGAGCCCAAUUUGGGGCCAGAAGGAUCAGGUGGAAAGGUGCCCGCAGAGGACAAGACUGCUGUGGUCCCACCGCCGGGCAAGUGUGAGGCUGCUGCUGCUGCUGCCCUGCCCUGCUUCGAUGGCCCAUCAUUCUUUGAGCUCGGCACUUUAGCUCAAGACCCCAAGAGAAGGACUUGUGCCCCCUGCAGUGUGCCUAAGGCCUUUUCUCCUGCCCGUGGGAUGAGUGAGGAGGAGAACAAGCUGCAGCCAUGUGGCCAGGACAAGACUAAAGUGGAGGCCAAGGGUGCAGGUUUUGCUGUGUUGCCUCCCAGUAAAGACAAUGGUGCUAAGCCUGCUCCGGGCCAGCUGACCACUGUGUUGUUUGGCUCAUCUAAGCACCUGGCUCACUCUAAAGACAUUGGCAGAAGGUGUAGCUGGGCGUCCUUUGAUAUUAAAGCUGCUGUCACUUAUCACACUAAAGAAAUGGAAUUCCUUUUCAACUUGCAAAAACAAGAUCCAAAAAGAGUAGUGUUUUAUGAUGAGACCAAGGAUGGACCUGAUCAGUGAGGUAGAUGGUCUACUGUUGUUACCCUCUUCUCUUCUGUGAGCUGUGAUUCUCUUCCUUUGGAACCAUAAAUCCUGUCGGACAGAUAAAGGGACAACUGUGAAAACAUUGAUCGUUUAGCAUGACCGAAUCUCCAGUGAAAUAACAGACUUCUUUGGGGGCAUCAGACGAACACGCAGACACGCUGGAGGGACGCUAAAGGAGACUCUCUGUGCCUCUCCAACCACACAAAUACAAACUUUAGGAGCUGUGAUAUUGGCUCUUGCUUGAUGUUCGGGAGUUCAACAAAGGAAGGUGUCGUGGAAUGCACCGCCCUAAGCCUUUUCCCUGUCGAACUGCGGCGGCUGUCAGUCUGACUAUGGGAUGCCUCCGUCAUUUUCUUUCUUCACGCCGUCAAAUGGGUUCAUUGUAGAUCUGUUAACCGUUAUACCCACACAGUCGCGUGCAAGCUUGAAUUAUAGAACGAAAGGAGAGCACACUUUGCAGAGAAUGCCUUGAAGUUGUGGUUCAGUUGUUUGGAAUGAAGCUGUAAAGUGGAAGCUCACAGGUGAGGCCCCAUCCUGGAGAGGGAGAUCUUUGUCAAAAGGCCUUUUUUUUCUUUGGUAGGUUGAAAUCAGAGGCCAGACAAAAAUUGCUCGCCUUUUCUUUUAUACUCACUUUUUCUGCCCUAACAUGAGUGUCAUCUGCACUGCAGUAUGACCACAGAGCACAGGUACAGAAGUGCCCAAUUCGAAGGAAAGCCACGCCCCUUCAUUUCAAUGUUUAUUGCUAAAGAUUUUCAAAUCAUGUCUGUUAAAGGCCAAAUGUUUUUCAUCUUAAAGCUUUUCAUACAUUUCAUGCAGAUAAUUAGGAUGUAACUGUGUAUUCUUGCAUUCAGAUUCAUAUAUGUACACACACACACACACACACACACACACACACACAGUUCACCCCAAUCCAAAACGGUUUGUCUUUAGUUGAAGAAUGAAAGGAGCCAGAGGCAUUUCUACCAAUAAGGUCUUCUGCAUUUUGUGCUAAUUCCUCAGCAGCAAGACUCAGGAUGUCCUUACAGAUUAUUUAGCUUUUUUUCCUCUUUAAAAACUGUUCAAAUUCUAUUGUCAGGAACAUGUUGCGUUUUUGUAAUUGAUUUAAAAAAACAAACAAAAAAUAUCUCUUGAGUCGGCAUUUGGUCUGUUUUAUGGAAUCGUUUUUUGUUAUUUUUGUUUUUGUUGCAUGUUUACUGGUGGGAAUGAAUGAGUCCAGGUCACUGUUGAUCUCCAUUCAAAUAUAACAGUAACACAUCAUUACUUGCAAUACUAAUCUACGUUUCCCGACUGGCCAAACUGUGUUUAAAUGUGAACAUGAGUUGUACUAUUACGUUUUUAAUGUUAACAUUUGCAGACCAGUGUGCAAUAACACCAUGUGAUCCAUACAAUGUGUAAAAUGUGUUAUAUGGAGCUACAAAAUAAUCACCCAAGAUGCUGGUGGGGUUUAAAAAAAGUUGCAUGCAUUUUCCGUUUGCACAAAAUCCGUAAGUCAAUUUCGCUAAUGACCUCACGUCGAAAGAUCCAAUUAAAUCUGGGAGCCCACAUUUGCUAGCUGGCCAGCUGUGACACUUUCAUCACUGUCUCCAAAUCAGGAUUGGCUUAUUCAACAUAACGGAGGAAUAGUCCAGGAUUCGUUCCUCUAGAAGUUCUGAUUUGGUUAAUGUGUGGAUUAAUAGCACUUUAUGUAAACUAAUUGCUUUUAAUUUUUAGAUAGAUCUACAUGUACUGACAAGAAAUACUCCUUGAAAGAAUGGCUGUGGGCUGUUAGUCUUCAGAAAAAAACACAAAAAAACAAGUUGAUAAAUAAUUAUUAAAUGUAACUCAGGUAGUGUUGAUAAAGCCAUGACUAUGUUAGAUUUGUUUCUUUUUUCUUCCCCCCCCAAAUGGUCACCCUUAAUCUAAUGUUCUCAAAUUGGAAAUGUUGACUUGGAGUCUAAAACACCAAAUACUUUUGAGGAUAAUGGUCAUAGCAUGCAAGGUGCUAUUGUCAUUUUGGGCUCUAAAAAUGUUUUCCUCUUUAUUUACCACUGUUUUCUGCGUAUAAUAGACUGUAAUCGUGCAAUCCUUGGUUCAUUUUCUCAAUUUUUCCCUUGAUUUGUUCCUGCUUAACAUCAGUGGUGUUUUAUUUUUAAUCGGGUCACUACAAUCUGGGUUUAAGUUUUUAAGUACAUUUCUCUGAGCGCUGCAGCUCGCUUGCAGAGAGGGAAAGUGGGAACAGACGCCAGUCGUCUUGACCGUUAACUUCCAGGUUUUAUCUCAGUCAGCCCUUUAUUUAAAACUGUUUGUUUUUUGGCUCAUUGUGCGGCGCCAGAUGGCCGUGUGUACCAACAAAGGCUAAAAAAAGAACAGUUGUGUUGGAUCUGGUGGAUGAGGAAACGAGGGCGUUUUAAGACAUUUUGGCCUCUUAGCAUCUCCAUCUUCACGUUUAUAAAAAAAAUAAAAAAUAAAUAAAAUCUGUCACUAAGUUACACAAAACUCACAAUUCAAUUUGUUCUUGUUGCCCAUGAUCAAAACCCCAGAGUGACAUAAUCAGGUUCCCAAUGCUGCCAUAUAGAUCAGGCUGGAUGCAUCUAUAGGCUCUACGUGUAAACCAGGGUGAUCCAGAUGAGUGGUAUGUGAUGUUACUGUAGUCUUAAAACCUUUUUUUUUUUGUUGUUGAGAGGACGAUCCUCUACAGGGAAAUCCGCUAAUCUACUAGGAUCUAGUAUCCUUUUUUUUUUUUUUUUUUUUUUUUAAAGCACUUAAUUCAGAGGCUAUGUUCAAUAUGCAUUUAUAAAGAUAGAACUAUUAUUUAGCGUUGUAGCCUGCAAACCAAAAAACGGUUCUUGAAGCUGAGUAGAUGGGAAAUCAAAUGGGGGGUGGGGGGGGCUUGAGAACGUAAAGGCUGACCACAUGGAGCUCAUACCUCCACCCUCCAUCCUCAGGAUGUGCAAUCACCUCAAGGAUGCAGGCUUCCAAGUUGUGAGUGACGAGUUCGGCCUCGUUGUUUUGUGGCUGUGUGCGUAGAGUUCUUCCAAUUAUAUGCAAGUUCCUCGUAUAUUUCAAAACCCCCCCUUGUUUCAUGUACAGGUGCCUGUGUGAAAAAUAGAUAUUCUUUUACAGCAAAUUUGAUUGUUUGAAAUCUGCUUCCAUAUAUGUGCCAUUUUUUUUUUCUGGUUCUUUUUUUUUUGUAACAUUUGCAAUGGUGUGUUAAGUUUUCUUCCAUCUAAUCUGUUUCGUCUAUUAAGCAGCAUGGUUUCCGCGCAAGGCAAUGAAACAUCUGUGUGUAGUAGCUUUUAGAAUGUGUCAUGGCUUGUCUUCAGAAUUGCGUGACCUAAAGCCCAAAUCCGUGUGAAUGGGAUUGAUGAUGGCCGCUUGCUGGCGUAUACUCGGGCCAGUCCAUUGUCAAGUUAUUGUCUGAAGUAGCACAUAACUGAUUUAACAAAAUUAGUGUUUUAACAUGUUUUUUAAAGGUUUUAUUUGAGUUCUAACCUAAUUUAAUUUUAGAUGCACAAGUAGGAUGAGAUUAAAAGGAAUAAAUCAUACAGAAAAUCAA